AUGGAUCAACAUGUACACCCGUCCAAACUCAAACUGAAUAGUAAUUUGGAGCUGAAAUCAUGCAAUAUUAAAGGAUACAUCCCGAGUUUCAUCUGUAACUGCACUUAUCUUAAUUAUUUAGAUUUGUCAGAUAACAACUUAACAGGACCCAUCCCUCCUUGUAUCUUCAACCUCCAAUAUCUAAUGUUCUUCGAUCUCUCUAGAAACAACCAUGUAGGAACCGUACCAUGUCUUUCUUCAUUUGUUAUCCAGAUCAACACCGUGAAUAUAUCACAUAACGACCUAUCCGGUCCUCUUCCUUUUCCACCCGAAGGUAUAGACAUCUUUGAUUUAUCACAAAACCAAUUCACCGGUGGAAUCUCGAUAGAGUCUGGGAACAGGCUAUCUAAUGCUCAGUUUGUUUCAUUGUCCGGAAAUGAACUAUCUGGUUCUAUCCCCUACUCUAUUUGCUCAAACAAAACAUUGCCAAAUAUUGCAUUUCUUGAUCUGUCAAAGAACAAUCUAUCUGGAGUUAUACCUUCUAGUAUUGGGUACUGCACUUCUCUUCGUUCUUUGAACCUUGGCACUAAUAAUCUCAGUGGAAACGUUCCACGUGAGCUUGGAGAAGCAACUUCUCUUCAAAAUCUUUUUUUGAAUGGAAAUGCUCUGAAUGGUACGUUUCCUAGUUUCAUACAACGUUUUGAGAAUUUGCAAGCUCUCAGUUUCGGGAAAAACAAUUUUGAAGGUACCAUACCCGCUUUCAUCGGUUCACUAGUCAAUCUUAAAAUCCUUCCUUUAAGGGAAAAUAAGUUCGGUGGAUCGAUCCCAGUUGAGAUCACUAACUUGCAUGAUCUCCAAAUCUUAGACUUGAGCGUAAACGAACUUUCAGGUUCCAUUCCUCGAAAGCUAGACGAGCUGAAGAUGUUAAUAAGUAGACCAAAUGAAACAUUUGAGGUUCAGUCAUAUGGUUUUCAGGAUCCUGGUCAUCUUCAACUUGAAAUGGUUAUCGAAGGGGUAAUCACGCAGUUUUUGCGUUUGUACAACUACAAUUCAGGCAUCGAUUUGUCAUCCAACAAACUUGUUGGGGAGAUUCCUAAAGAGGUCAGUCUAUUACAAGCACUUGCAACGCUUAACCUAUCACAUAACCAUCUCUAUGGUGAAAUACCAGCGAGCAUCGGGAACAUGACUGGUUUAAACUCCUUGGACCUAAGUUUCAACAAAUUUUCCGAGAAAAUUCCUCUAUCCCUGACAACAAUAGACUCCCUUGGGUACUUGGACUUAUCUCACAACAACUUGAGUGGCAGGAUCCCAACAGGACCUCACUUUGAUACACUGAGCAUAGACGGUUCUGCUUACGCAAACAACAGCUUGUUGUGCGGGUUCCCUUUAAAGAAGAUUUGCGAGGGUGAUGACCAGAGUAGGAAUACUACUGAUGUUAAACGUCCAAUUGAAGUUGAAGAAGAUGCAAAAGAGAAGAUACUGUUUUAUGGUGUUAUUGCUUUGGGGUUUGGAGUUGGAUUUUGGGUUCCGUUCUUCAUUUAG